AUGCAAGUAUCAUAUAUAUUGCAUCAUCUUGCUUCUUGUCAUCCGGACGAUUUGCGCUAUCGUGCAACAAUUCAAAAAUCGUUAAGAAUUUUAGAAGAGCAAGAAGGGUAUUUGAAAGAUUUCGGUAUUGGCAAGCAUCAAUUUUACCCCAGAGAUGUUAGUGAUGAGGAAUAUGUCAGGCGGUACUUGAUUAUAGGUAACACUCAUGGUGCUUAUUAUUCAAGACAAAGGGACUUUGAAGAGACUAUAUUGCCAGAAUUAGGCUACAUUAUUGCAAGAGGAAAUGGUUUGAUGAUAAUAAAACUAAUUUUGGAGUUCGCACAAUCAGGUCAAGCACCUAAAGUAGAACCGUUACUCAUUGCAUUAGCUCACUGUGCGCGUUUUCAGGUUCGCGAUACUCAGAGCAAGAAGAAACUGCCUUGGGAUGCUAAAAAUGAUGAAGAAAAAUUGUUUCCAGAUGACCUCUGUCAUGAUAUAAGGCCAGCUAUGGAAAGUUAUUAUCAGAAAUGCCUUCAGCAUGUUGCUCUUCACUGUGUUCAUAGGAUCUGUACUGAUCCUAUUAAACUUUUCAAAUUUAUUAAUUAUUGCAAAUCAGUUUCUAAAUCUACUGCACUUAAAAAAGAAUCUAAAGGUUGGGGACGUGCACUUCGUGCAACAGUUAUCAAAUGGUAUUAUAACAAAAGUCCAGAACGCUUAGCUGUCUUAGUGACAAAAUAUCGGAAUCGAACAUUCUUCUCACAUCGUGAUCUCUUUUGCUUAAGUCAUAUCCGUCCUAAGCUUACUUUUUCACGGGAAAACAACUACUGGAAACAUUAUGAGGAUUAUGAAGGAAUUGUUCAAUAUGUCGCUCGAGGUGGUGAAAGAACCAGAAAGAUGAAGCAAGAGACAUUUGAAGUACGACAGUGGAAGCGAAGUCGUUUGAAUCCUGAAGAACUUCAACGUUUGGAACAAGGAUUUGAUGAGUUGAACAUAAAACGAAAUGAGAAACUGAAGGUUAUUGAAGCGGUAGUAGAAAAAUACAGAAUAAAAGAGAAACAAAAAGCUGUUCCAGUGAAAAAUGCUCGUGAUUAUAUUGAAGCUUUUGAUAAGUUUCGUUACAUGAAUUUCCAAGACGAAGAAGAGGCAGUUAGACUUAUUCUUCAAUAUGGUUUUGAAAAAGAACAUGUUCCUCUUGAAUUACUUGGAUCUAAAAAAGUUUGGGGUGCUAUGCUCAGAAAUAUGCCAAUAAGGACAUUACUGGCUAACAUGGGUAUCAUGGGUAGUCUGGAACUUUUCAGUUGGAAUUCUAACGUUUUUGAUGAAUUGAGUGAAACAAUGAAUAGCAUAGACGCAUUCUUCAACAGUGGUGAUGAAAUUUACACCGACUUUGCAGGGGACAGUCCAGCACAAUUAGUAGUCAGAAGACUGAGUGAUUCCGUCAAAUUAGAAGCAGCAGGAUUUGAUCCACUUGAGUUGUUGUUUGCUAAAGCAAGUUAUGAGUAUGGUCAAGCACCAAGAGGUAAAUACUAUUGGAAACCAGAUGUGCAUAUACAGAAAGCUUUUGAUUCUGCAUUCUAUAAAAGCCUUGGAGGGUUUCCUGCAACUGGCAAGCGAUAUUUGCUUUCUAUCGAUAUCUCUGAAAGCAUGGAUAGUUUUGUGAAUGGUGCUAUGCUAACAUAUAGUCAGGUAGCAGUUGCAUAUGCGUUAAGUCUUCUUCAAAAUGAACCAAAUGUAAAUAUAGUAGCAUUCUGCUCCAAUCUGACUCCUUUAGAAUGGAAAAAGGAUAUGAGCAUAAGUGAAUGUCUUAGCGUUGCUAAAACGUUAAAAUAUGGCACAGUAGAUUGCUGUCAUCCUAUGUAUUGGGCAAUAGAAAAUGCAGUAGAAGUUGAUGCAUUUGUUAUUUUCACGGAUAUCAAUGUCUUAAUUAAAACAGUAAAACCAUCAGAUGCUAUCAAAAUAUAUCGCGAGCAGAUGAAAAUUCCAAAUGCAAAGUUAGUAGUCGUAAGUAUGAAGGAUUUUGCGCUAUCUAUGAUUACUUCCAAUGAUCCAGAUAUACUUAUUGUAUGUGGUGUAAAUUCAACUAUUAUUAAAGUAAUUAACAGUUUUAUUGAUAAUUUCGGAGUUGCUCGUCCAUAAUG